CUCGUCGACUCAGUUGCAGUGGAGCCGUGGAGCCGCGAUGAACGUCUGGAAAGCAAAGGUCCUAACGGAAGUCCCCUUCGGACACGUCCUCAUCGUCAGUGGGCGCGUCAAGCCUCAUCCGAAUAAGGUUUCGCUGGACCUCACGGACAAUGUGAACGCGCAGAACGAGAGCGAAACGGUGUUCCUGAAGAUCGAGGCCAACUUCCGCGAGGGCCAGAUCAUCCGCAGCAUGUUCCAGCCGGGCGAGGGAUGGCAGCAGGAGGAGAUCUCGAAGAACUGGAAGUGCGACGGCCCGAAGAACCCGCUGCAGCCGGGCCAGAGCUUCACCUUCCGGGUGGCGGUGCUGCAGCGAUGCUUCGAGAUCUACGUGAACGACCAGCUGUACGGGUCCUUCGAGUUCGUCAAGUUCCCCAAGCAAAUCAACUACGUGCGCACCUACGGCGACUUCGAGAAGAUCACCCAGUUCCACCACCGCAUGCUCUUUCCGCUCGUCUUCCCCAGAACGCUCAUGUGCCCGGACAAGGUGGCCUUCCAGAGCGACGUGCCCAGGCGGUAUGAAACCGGUACGGUGGUGGCCAUGGAGUGCAUCGCCAAGGGCCCGCCGACCACGGAGUUCUCCAUCUGCUUCCAGUGCAACGACACCGGUAGGACGGUACUCCGGUUUCACGUGAACUUCGAUCGGACAACCGUGUCACGCAGCUACCAGCGCGAAGACAACAGCUUUGCCUUGAGCGACGAGGAGACCGAGGGCGAAUUCCCAUUUGUGCGCGGAAAGCUUUUCAAGAUCGCGUUUGGGCUCGGGGAUCGGGCUUUCCUGAUCGCCGUCAACGGGCAGUACUUCACCUACUACAACUUUCCGGGACGCCCCUUCUCCAUAUCCACUCUGAAGUGCUUCACUAACGAAGUGGGCGACUUCGCCGUGCGGAGCAUGGAGUAUCACUCCGAUUCUCCGCUUCUGGCCCGCGUGGAGAAGUUGUCCAUCAUUUAAUCGAAAGGGAUUCCGGAAGUCUUCUAUAAUCGAUUCGAGUUCUCGUAGUAUGCUCUUUGUUCAAUCGUUGGCUUUGAUCACCGUACAGCACCAGUUAACUUCUUCUUGUGAGCAUCCAAAUAAAGCAAAGCAGCUCUCCAAGCUA